GUUGAAAUUCAUCAUUUUUGUAUGAAAAACUAAACGAAUUGUUGAGAAUUAUUGGUUAGAAACGCGAUUGUGGGAAAACGGCCCGGAAUUCCUAUGGCGUCACUUCCGGAAUUCAAAGAACUUUCUUGAAAGAUUUAAUAUAAUUUUGUGGAAUUUGGAUUAUUAUUGGAGAUUCAUCAAGAGGACAAUUAAAAUAUCAGAAUGAAUUCAGCACGUGAUGAGGACCUCGACGAGGAUUGCGACGACUUCGACGUCAUCAUCGUCGGUGGAGGUCUGACAGGACUAUCCGCCGCUUAUCACCUGUCGAAAAAACGAGCUAAUUUAUCAUUAAUGAUCCUUGAAACUAAGUACAGAGAAAAUCCAGUGCUUAUCUCACGAUUUCCAAUUCUUCAAAUAUUUAUUUCAGAUUCAGUAGGAGGCAGAUUAAAAUCCGGAGAGCCCUUCGAUCUCCUCCUGCAUUCAUUCCAGAAUAAUCUGACGCAAUUACUCCAGGAGCUGGAGAUUGAACUGGAACCUGGACAAUGCAGUGAUGGAAGAACUGUUUUCUGCGACGAGGACGGCCCAAUUGAUUCAAUGACUCCCCUAAUUGCUGCGCAAGUGUAUUAUUGCAUGAAAUCGUUGAACGAAAGUAGUUCAGACAGACGAUUGAAUUCCAGUGAAGACAACGAAGAAUUCGCGAUUCUCGCGCAAUUAAGUGGCUCUGAUUUAAUUGAUAGAAUGGUUCUGUCAUCCCGCGCUAAAUUCAUUUGCCAGAGUUUAAUUUCCCUGAGUUGUGGUCUUACGAAUUUAAACGAAGUGUCUGCCCUGUGGUUGUUGGAAGUUCUCCACGGAGCCGGAGGAUGUUUUCAAAGAGUCAAAUUCUUUCUGAAUAAUAAUUCCCGUUAUUUCAUCAAAGGAGGAAAUUCUGUCCUUCUUCAACGGUUGACUGAUAAAAUCAUAGAAGAGAAUGUAAUUAUGAACUGUUCUGAAACUGUGAGUAAAAUCACAUUCAACGACUUCCGGAAUUUCGUGACGACAAAUUAUAAAACGUACAAGUGCAGGUACGUAAUCCUCGCGAUUUCUCCUGCAGACAGUGGGAUAAUCAUCCCUCAGGUCCCCGAAAUUUACACAAAAUGCCAAAACUCUUACAUAUCAAACCGACUAAUUUACUUCGAAUGCAACUCGAUCUUCCAGAACUCCUUGGGAACGAUCGUUCCCCUGAUUUUGCAGCCAUGGGGACAUCUCAGACUGAUUCAGGAGACAUGCACUCCUCCAGGAAGUGAAAUAAAAAUCCUGUCCGGGUAUUUCUCCGUGGAGAAUUCUUCGGAUGAACACCGGAGAUCCCUAGAGCUCUUCAGAACCUUAAGGCAGUGCUCUUCCAGGUUGGAGAACAUGGAGUACGACGAAAGGGAGAGGAAAGGUCUGAUGUGUGUCCUGAGUCCUUCGCCAAUCCGGUAUCACCUGAAUCUCAUGAGAAAUCCCCACAGGAGAAUUUUUUUCGCUGCCAGUGAGUACUCCAGGGAGUGGCCAGGAACAGCUGAUGGUGCUGUUGAGGCUGGUGAGCACUCUGCAUGUCUAGUCCUCAGUGACGUGCGACCUCAGACUUUGACUAGAGAUCAAAUAACAAAAUAUAUACCUGUAAAGACAAGAAAAUUAGAAUCCAAAUUUGAAGUCUGGAUGGCCGGAUCUAUUCUUUUAAUUGCUAACUCUAUGAUUUUCUGGUCAUUUUGUCGGAGCGCGUACAAUUUUUGAAAUGCGAUUAAAUUAUUGAUUCGUUGCUGAAAAAAAAAUGAUCGAUCUGUAGAAUAAUUUCUGAAAGUGAAGAAGUAAUAAUUGAACGUCUGGACACACAAAUCCAUUUGAAUCAGUAUAAA